CAACCAUCCUCCCACCCUAUUGACGCAUCCCCUUCAUGCAGAAAAUCGGAUUGAUUGAUUAGAUUAGAUCGACAAGUGAAAUGUAUCACUUAAGCCUUUUCCUUCAUCUUUCAUCGUAAUAUCUUAAUCAUUUAAUAGGCUAUCGUUAUGGAAGAAACUCCCAAUUCAAAGAUCGACCGUCGCCGUCGAAGACCAGCUCUUUCAUGUGUUAGCUGUAGAAGAUCCAAAAUUCGUUGUGAUCGCAAUUUACCUUGUGGCGCCUGUAUUCGAUCUAAACAUAAGACAUGUGUUUAUGAGCCUCAAGGGCCGCCACUUUCCCGGCAUUCGGAUAUAUCUUCAGGCGGAGUCGGUCCCCAUCACCCGACCGAUGACCCAUCCGGUAUCGAGUCCGACACGACUCUAUCCCCCGUUGUACAACAUGGAGAUGGCCCACAUCCCGAGGAUCAUUCUAAUGCUUCCUUGACCGGUUCGACACCAGUAGACUCAGCAUCUUCUCAUAGUCACGAUCCAUCUUUUGAUGUCAGAUCGUUAUUAGAUCGGAUCAAAGAUCUUGAGCGUCGCUUAGAAGAGUCUACAGAUCAUCGCCCGCGCAACCAGAAUGUCGCACGACCUUCUACCACCAACGCCUCGGAAACGAUGGCUACUUAUCCAAGUUAUCUCGCAGGAGAGUUACACACUAUGAAUAAGAGUGUCAUGUCCAAGACGAGAUACUUGGGUCAAAGUCAUUGGAUGAAUCAAAUCGGAAAUGUAUGCAAUUUGCCUCACAGUUCUUUGCUAUUCAAGUCUGUCCUAGAAGUAUUCGACCAGCAGUAUGGAAAGAAGACCGAACCGAUAAUGUAUAUCACCAAAGCCAAAGCGUUGGCUCGGACUGUAAAGGCCCGACGAACACCUGAACUGGGUUUCAAGUUCGGCACCAACAUACCCCCACGAGAAACUGCAGAUAAACUUGUCGACGCUUACCUGAGAACAUUAGAAACCGUAUUUCGAAUAGUACAUGUCCCUUCGUUCCGAAAGGAGUAUGAGGAUUACUGGUCUUCUCCCGAUUCGGCCGAGCUUCCCUUCAUUAUCCAACUGCAACUCAUCAUGGCCAUUGGCACUGCAAUGUAUGAUGACCUUUUCAGCAUGCGCAAUACAGCUUCCCAAUGGGUCUAUGAGGCACAAUGUUGGCUCAUAUCACCAGUUCCGAAGACGAGGUUGACGCUCGCUGGCUUACAGAAUAUGCUGCUCCUAUGCUUGGCGCGGGAGGCAGCAGCUGUCAACCCUGACUUGGUUUGGAUACCAAUUGGACAAUUAAUGCGCACAGCUAUCUUCAUGGGCCUUCAUAGAGACCCAAAGAAACUCCCAAAGAUGAAUCGUUUCCCUUCCGAAAUGCGCCGCCGUCUGUGGAAUACUAUCCUCGAACUCGCGUUACAAACCAGUGUAGACUCUGGAGGACCACCCCUCAUCUUCCUCGAACAAUACGAUACCGGAGCACCCGCCAAUUGUGACGAUGACCAACUGACGGAUGACAGCGGACCGGCCGUUAAUAACCCACGAGAUAAGUUUACGGAUAUGUCCGUUGCGCUAGCCCUUCGUGGUAGUUUCUCGGCGCGCCUAGCCGUCGCACGCUUGCUCAACGAAAUCAACUCUCAAAAUACAUAUGACGACACCAUUCGACUUCACGGCCAGCUUAGUAACGCGUACAAGUCGUUGUCGCAAUACUUACAGCGAUUCGCAUUUACCGACAGACAGCCAACUUCAUUCCAGCGACGUUUCUUAGACUUCCUAGUUCGUCGAUAUUUCAUGGCAUUACAUCUUCCCUAUUUCGGGCCAGCCAUGACUGAACCAGCUUACGCUUUCUCGAGAAAGACAGUCGUUGAGAUAGCUGCAAAGCUAUAUACGACUGUAUUCCCAUCAGCCGCCUUGAAUCCUAGAUCUCGAAUCCAAGUUGGCGGACUAAGAGUAGCAUCUCCUAUUGAAGGGGAUGACCUCACGCGAAUUGCUACUUGUGGUGCGGGCUUCUUCCGUUCUAUUCUUUCUCAAGUUUCAAUGGCUAUUGGCCUGGAGCUUCAAGUACAAUUACAAGAGGAUGAUAGUCUAGGUCCACCAACUCCUCGAACCGAUCUGCUUAAUAUUUUACGCGAUUCUGCUUCUUGGAUUCUUAGUCGCAUUCAUGUAGGGGAAACUGCUAUCAAAGGCUUCAUGUUUCAUUCAGCAUUGGUCGCACAAGCCGAAGGGUUAGUAAGCGGCCUAAAGGGACCAGACCUUGUUGAAGCUAUGGUCGGUGCUGCUAGUGAAUCCAUACGCGAAGGCUUUGAAAUACUCAAGCAACAAGUCGAGCCGAAGUCGAACGUAGCCAACGACAUAAACGAUGCGCAAACUGGAUUCGAUACUGUGAUGACGAUGGAUGACGACUGGAGUUUCGAUAGCACGAUGCAAAGCGUGCUCUUCGACUUUACUAGUAUCGAGUCCGUACUAGGAAUAGGGUCGGCCUCUGAUAUGGCGACAGCCGACUUUUCACAAUGGUAACAAUGGGGAUGAUCGUCAUCCAUGCAGUGGAUUAUCCCCUUUUACAAAGGCCGUGCUC